AUGACUCCGGCCAUCAACAACACUGGCUCCCUCUACGAGCUGUGCAACAUCGUCCACUACUUCAACAACGGAGCCGACCAAGUGGUGCUCAAUGGAGCGAACAACUUCAACAACCAGGAAGAGCCGCAGCCGUAUGCCGUUGUGGGUGGCGUUGGCGCCUACAAUGGAGCCUCGGGCAGCUGCACCGUCCAGACCGAUGCCGUCAGCCUCAACGCCAUCUACGUGUGCGACUUCUGGACCCCUAACUACGCGUCUUAUUAG